AUACAGACGGCUGUUAAAGCAGAAUUGUCCGUAAUGAGUUCAGAAUGGUUCAAGAACAUGUGCGGGGCCUCACUAGACGACGAGGCGAUGCAGAGGGUGCCAAAUCCUAAGUUAGAAUUAACUACGCACGUUACCAUCAAAACAAUACAAAGUUUCGGGCUACUGGGAACCAUUCUAGUUGGUCCAAUUGCUGCAGCUGCGAAGAAGGAAACCAGAAACUGGCCGGGGGUUAAACAUAAAAUAACCCGUUGUGGAAGAGGGGGCUUAUUUUUGGGGGUUGUAAUGGGACCUGUGAUAACAUACAUGAAAAUCAGAAGCGAAGAAGAUUCUUACAAAAUAUGGGACAGAUGUUACAGAUUACGUUAUAACCGUGGUCAAGUGUUGGUCGACCAAGCUUCGGUAAUCGGAGGUGUAGGUGGCGCUGCUGUGGGUGCAGCGACAUCAAGCGGUGCUCUAUUUGGCGGGCUUGUGGGGAUGUCGUCUGGAAUUUUGGCGGCGGCGAUUGUGAACAACACUAUGAAGAAAGAAAAGUGAUCCAGUAUGUUUUAAAUUUCAGACUUACUUCAGAUGUCAUAAUAUUAUAGAAAUGUCAUAAUGCAUUAGUUUUAGAUUUAAAAUACAUACAUGUGUAUUAGAUUAAUAUAAGAACCCCAUCCGAGAAACGAGAAAAUAUAAUGGUGUCCAUAUUAGGUUAAGAUGUCGGAAGAGAGGAAAGAGGUAUCGAAACGGUAUAUAAGCGUCACCCUUUCUGGAACAAGUAUGUCAAAAUGUGCAAUACAUUUAGGAGAGGAGCGAUUUUUGUACAAAAUCAUUGAGAAAAAUCCUUGCAGAUUGUGAAAUACCUUCAUUUUCAAAUUGAAACUAUUUUAUUCGGAGGAUGUGUGCUUCAUUUGUGUAAUCGCAUUUGGUGGAGGCUGCAAAAUGAUCAACUGUUGGCGUAGAGAAUUGUAUUGAGAGUUGUCGCUCAUUCUAUUAAAAUGGGACAUUGUCAGUAAAACCACAAUCCUGUUGUUGUAGAUUACUACAAUUUUCAUUGAAAUAAAUAGAUUCAGUUAUUUUUUAAAUAUAAACAUAACGUUAUAUCAAACAAUUUCAGAGACAUUUAACGAGAGUAUUUCGAAAUGUAAAAGAAAAUUACCUCCCUUGUUGCAUAAUUCAAAUGUACUUAUUUUAUAUGAAUUUGAACAAUUAUAGCUAUGGAAUGUU